AUGGACGAGUCGACGAAGGAAGAGCUUGUCGCGUUUCGCGCCAGAAAGGUGGCGUUGAUCACCGGGAUUUCUGGACAGGAUGGUUCCUAUCUUGCCGAGCUUCUUCUUCAGAAGGGUUACCAGGUUCACGGCAUCAUCCGGCGCUCAUCGUCGUUCAACACAUCCCGUAUCGAGCACCUCUACUCGAACCCGGUCACCCAUGACGACUCGUCGUGCCUCAUCAAAUUGAUCUCAACCAUCCAGCCGACCGAGGUCUACCAUCUGGCGGCUCAAUCGCACGUCAAGGUAUCUUUUGACCUGCCCGAAUACACAGCCGAAGUGGACGCUGUGGGCACGUUGCGUCUUCUUGACGCCAUCCACGCCUGCGGGCUGACGAAUCGCGUCCGCUUCUACCAGGCCUCCACAUCUGAAUUGUACGGAAAGGUACAGGAAGUGCCGCAGAAGGAGACGACGCCCUUCUAUCCCCGAUCCCCGUACGCCGUAGCCAAGCUGUACGCCUACUGGAUUGUGAUCAACUACCGUGAAGCCUACGGGAUGUUUGCCUGCAAUGGUAUCCUUUUCAACCACGAAUCACCGCGAAGAGGUGAAACCUUUGUGACGAGGAAGAUCACUCGCAGUGUCGCCAAAAUCAGCCUCGGCCAGCAGGAGUGUCUCGAGUUGGGUAAUCUCGACGCGCGCCGUGAUUGGGGCCACGCCAAGGAAUACGUCGAGGGCAUGUGGCGAAUUCUGCAGCAUGACGUCCCGGAGGACUUUGUGAUUGCUACCGGCCAAUAUACGAAAGUGCGCACGUUUGUCGAGAUGGCGUUCGCCGAAAUUGGGAAAGAGAUUGUUUGGGAAGGCGAAGGCGUCAACGAGGUGGGCAAAGAAAAAGAUACCGGCGUCACUCGCAUCAAGAUCAACCCCAAAUACUACCGCCCCACCGAAGUCGAAGAGCUGCUCGGUGACGCGACCAAGGCCAAGCUGAAGCUCGGCUGGGAGCCAAAAACCACCCUCAAGGAGCUCGUUUCCGAGAUGGUCAAGUGUGACGUCGACUUGAUGAGAUCGAACCCUAUGGCC